AUGAGUGAGCUAAAUGAAGCCGACCUACUUGACGGGGAAAACAUCUCACACUCCGAGAUACCUGAUGAAAACGAAUUGCUCGGAGACCUAAAAAAGGAAGACGAUCUCUAUGACGCUGUAAUUGAACCUUUGCACGGAAGUGACCAUAGAAGUGAGAGCUUCACGAAUGUUUCCACAACGACGACAAAUGGCUCAUCAGCAAGCCGAGACACUGGAGGAAAAAAAUAUUGCUGCUAUGUUGGAAAUAUGACUUGGUGGACGACAGAUCUCGAUUUAUUGAAUGCUUUCGAAGAUUUGGGAAUUUCUGAUUUCGUCGAUAUGAAGUUUUACGAAAAUCGCACAAAUGGGCAAAGCAAGGGUUAUUGCCUUCUUGUUUUUGGAUCUGAGGUGUCAGUAUCGACAUUGAUGUCAGAAUUGCCAAAGCGUACCAUCCAUAGCCAAACCCUUGUUGUGUUACCAUAUACGAAAGCAUCACUUCAAAAGUUUGAAGACGCGGCUGCAAAGGCAGCUGCUGCUAAUGAUCCAAUGAAGAAAAAGGAUGGAUCAGUGAUCAAUAUGGGUACGAUCAGGAUUGGAGCCGGACCUCCACCAAUGUCUGCUGGACGUGGGAUGCAAGCAGCUAACAUCUUGCCGCAAGUGAAGAUCUCACUUCCUACGGUAAUGACUGGUGGAAUGAUGGGACGCGGAGCAUCUGUUGGACCUUCACCAGCACCUCUCAUGUCGCUUAUCACAGGAGGAGCAGUCGGGCCUCGCUCUAUGAUGAACCCACACAUGACAAAUUCUAUGCCAAUGGGAGCUCCACCUGGAAUUGGCGUCCCACCGCAAAUGACUACAGCUCCGCCCGGUGUGCCCCCAGGGAUGGGUGCUCCACCUCCAAUGAUGAACCGUGGCCCUGCUGGAAUGCCUAUGAAUCCAGGCAUGAUGUCUAUGGGUGGACCUCCAGGAAUGGGUGUUCGUCUACCUCCUCAACCAGGCCCUCCAGGAAUACCUCCCGGUGCACAUAUAAAUCCACAAGUCUAUCCUGGAUACACUCAAAUGGGCGGCCCACCUGGGCAGCCAAUGUCAAUGGGUGGAAUGAGACCCGGAGGCGAUGCAUCUAUGUCGGGCAUGGAAUUUGAGGAAGUAAUGAACAGAAAUCGCACGGUGUCUAGUUCGGCCAUAAGUAGAGCAGUUUCCGAUGCAGCAACAGGGGAUGUCGAUAUCUUCAGGACACUCUUGCUGGAAUUGAAACUAAGGCUUCCUCUGGUGGUAGCCGUAAACAUAGGCGUGAACGCAGUCGUAGUCGAUCUCGUGAACGUGACAGGAAGCGAUAUCGUCGCUCUCGUUCUCGUAGCAGGGAUCACGACCGAAGGCGAUAUUAAGCUUCGACUCUCGACCACUUUGUUACUUUGGAUAAUUUUCAGGUUUCACGUUGUACUCCAAAUCUCCGUCCCUUCUCCACAAUUGCCUUUUGCCUCCAUCACUUCUCGGGUGGAUGAUGUUUUUGAUUUGCUGUUCUUAAAGGGGUUGGCUGGCCAUUUCUCCGGCAUCGGUGGUGCCAGAAUGAGUGAAAGAACA